AUGGCACGCGACGCUGGAAGAGCACAAUUUUUCCACGAAUGCCCAAGACAGUAUGACACAUUGAUGAAAAUGAUUGAUUCUUUGGUGUUCGAUGAUGCUCCAAAAUAUAACGAAUUCGUCGAAGUUCUCAUGGAUAUUAAAAGGGAAGCAAAAUUACGGCUGAAAUCGCAUUUUGAUUGGGAUGCUGAUAUGACGUCAACACAUUCAACAACACAUAGUAUUUCAUCCGAUGCGGAAGGUGAAAAGGCUGUGCGUGAGGAACACAUGAAGAAGACUGCCGAGGCCGAGAGUAAAGACCGAGAGAUUAUCGAGCCAAAAGAGCUGCUGCCGCCGCAGCGACCGCCGCAAUCCGAUGGUCCUUUGUGA